AAGCAUUUUCUGUCCCCUAUCGUUGACACAAAAGGAAUGUCUUCGUUCGUACGCUUGAGUAGUUUAGCCUGGGCUUUAAAUUUUUAUCAUUUUUUACUUUUGUCAAUGAAUGAGUACACGCAAUGGCAAUGCGAACUACAAGGCAAGUAAAAGGUGCGUCUACCGACGUUCAGAUGGACAGAAAAAUUCGUCUCCGUAAUCUGAAUGAACACAUAACGUGUUACCUUUGCCACGGUUACCUUAUCGAUGCUACGACGAUAACAGAAUGUCUACAUACCUUUUGCAAAAGUUGCAUCGUAUCGCACGUGGAAGACGGAAGAAAUGAAUGUCCGAAGUGUGAAGCAGUGAUCCAUCAUAGUUACCCACUACAGUAUCUAGCAUACGAUCGGACCAUGCAAGAUAUUGUGGAGAAACUUGUGCCCAAGUUAAAACAGUCUGAGUGGUCACGGCGUAUUCAGUUCUGUCAUAAAAAUAAUCUUCCAAUUCCAUUUGAUAUUCAUAUGUCCAAUCCCACUGUUAUGAAAGACACAACUCUGAUGGAUGACGGGAAACAACAGAGUUAUCAUAGAUACGACGAACAAGUGAAUAUUUUUCUACGAAGUACUUCAUGUUCCCUUAAACACCUUAAGCGUCCUUUCCUACAAUGCUCCAUACAUGCAACGAUCAAAAUUUUAAAGAAAUUUCUCGCCAAAAAUCUUGGACUUGGAAUACACCAACACUCAGAGCUUGACAUUUUGUGCAAUGAUGAGAUCCUUGGGAAGGAUCACACGCUCAUGUUUAUCCUCGUUACAAGGUGGAGGGCAAGGAAACCACCUUUACAACUCGACUAUCGACCUAGUAUCGUUAUGUUAUAACUCGUUGCUAUUCUAUUUUUAAUUUCCGAACUAUUUUGUAUUCUCGCAUUUUUUUUGCAACUUUUUGUCUAUAACUGAAUUGUAUUAUGUAAACUGUUUAAAAGUGAGUUAAACUUGUGACACAGAUGCCAUAACAACUCGACUAUCAACCUAGUAUCCUCGUUUAUAACUAGUUUCUAUAAUAUUUUGACUUUUUCGAACUAUUUUUUUAUUCACUUGUCUUUUUUGCAACUUUUUGUCUAUUUUGCAGACUCUUUGUCUUUAACUUAAUUAUGUAAACUAUUUUAAAGUGAGUUAAACUUGUGACACAGAUGCCAUAACAACCCAGCAGUAUUGUUAUGUUAUACACAUGCCAAAACAAAGGUCCAUAACAACUGGACUAUAUAUCUAGUAUCGUUAUGUUAUAACUCUUUUCUCCCCUAUUUUCAUUGUUUGGACUAUUUUGUAUUUUCACGUGUGGGCUUUUUUUUGCAACUUCUUAGCCAGAACUCAAUUUUGCCGACUUUUGUGCAUAACUCAAUUAUGUAAACUGUUUAAAAGUGAAAUUGUUAAUUUUUGUAGCACACAUGCAAAAAACAUACAUGCCAUAACAAAGUGCAAAGGUGUUGGUUAGAAACCCUGUUUCACUGGAGUUAUACUGUUAGUUAUACCCUUUAAAUUCAAAAUAUUUGGAGUUGCCAAAAUGUGAAACCAAGUAUUUAACCAAUGUAAUACCUGACUGUGUAUUAGUAUUUAUGAUCAAUGUUCACUGUUGUGCAUGUGAUGUACUCCGCAAUAAAAGCACAAAAGUGUGAAA